AGCUCAAUGACUGUAGGUCUAGCCUCGCCCAAGCUGCUCCGAUCAGUGCUAUUUAGAAUCCUUGGGACGUCCCUACCAUUUUAAAUGUCUACUUCGAUGUGGUAAGGACGUCCCAAGGAUUCCAGAUAGCACCUACCAAGCUGCUCCCCAUCUCUAUGCACGCAGUCGCGCUGAAAGGAAUCAACCCGCUGUCGCCGGCAUUAUUGAACUCGGAACUGGCUACCAGGAGAAGAAAAGAGUAGCAAACAUUGACGUCUGUAUUUAUAUGAGAAACAGUUUACGUUUAAUUAAUAUAUUAGCAACACCUAGAGUUCUGAAAGCCAUUCCAAAACAAGAAAAUGGCUGUGAACGUUUACUCAACCUCAGUGUGCAGUGACAAUUUGAGUCGUCAUGACAUGCUUGCAUGGAUUAAUGAAUCGUUACAGAUCAACCUUACCAAGAUAGAGCUGUUAUGUUCAGGUGCGGCCUACUGCCAGUUCAUGGACAUGCUUUUUCCUGGCUGUGUGCCUUUGAAGAAAGUCAAAUUUGCUGCAAAACUUGAGCACGAAUUCAUUCACAACUACAAGAUCUUGCAAGCUGGCUUCAAAAGAAUGGGUGUUGACAAAAUCAUCCCUGUUGACAAGUUGAUAAAAGGCAAGUUCCAGGACAACUUUGAGUAUGUGCAGUGGUUCAAGAAGUUCUUUGAUGCCAACUACGAUGGGAAGGAGUACGACCCUGUGGAGGCUCGGCAGGGCCAAGACACCAUGCCCAGCCCUGCCGUGUCUGCCCUCAACAAACCCAAGAAGAUCCUCAAUGCUGCACCCCAGCGGGCAGCAGUUGCCAAGGUAGCACCCAAAAUGGCGCCCAGCUCGGCACGAAGACCAGGGGCUGGCGGAGGUGACGAGGAGCGGGCCGAACUCAUCCAGGAAGUGAAUAUACUGAAGUCCACCAUCCAGGACAUGGAGAAGGAGCGGGACUUCUAUUUUGGCAAACUGAGGAACAUUGAGCUCAUCUGCCAAGAGAAGGAAGGCGAGGGUGACCCCACACUGCAGAGGAUUGUAGAUAUACUCUACGCCACAGACGAGGGCUUCGUCAUACCGGACGCUGAGUCAGAGGACCACGAGGAGUUCUAAUGUUCAAGACUGGACCGUGCAACUUUUAAUACUACUCCCCCCCCCCCCCCCCCCCUCCCAGCCCCUUCAAUCAGCUACAACAGCUCCCAUCCUCACCCUGCGUAACACACCCUAAACAUCCAGAUCAUGUUAUUCAUUGCUUGGUCUCUGAAUAGACUAUAUCAACAACAACAACAAAAAUUGUCUCUCAGAUCAAGUUGAAAUAAGUAGUGUGAAGUACCUCUGAAGCCCCUUCUUCGGGUCAUCCUAUUGGCCUGUGCCAGAGUCGGUCUUGGCAUCAUGUUGGAAGAAGGCGACUAUUUUGGCUUUCUAUUUGGGUCCAGAAGAGUGAACUGUCAGUCUAAGAUUCAGCUUUUUUUCUUGAUAUUUUCCCUCAUUUUCUGUCUCUUCCGGGAAUUGGAGUUAAAAGUUUGUUGGCACCUGCACUCACUUUUGUACAUUGUAUUUUUCUUAGUUGACUUGUUUCCCAAAUUAUCACAGUCUUUCCCACAUGUAUAUUGUUUUAUGGGUCUGAGAAAAUGUACUAAGUUCCUAAUCAUUUCAAUAGAGAAAGUGUUUUUAGAUGGGUUCAAUGAAAGGUUAGUGUACUUAUUGUGGAAGAAUUGUUUUCUUCACUAACCACAACUCUCAUAUUUUCAAAAUUCUUUCAUUUGGUCUCAUCCAGUUUGGAGAUGAACCUGUUUUAAAUAGUGCUAUUCUUUAUUCCAGGAAAGUGGAUAUUAUUAUUAUUAUUAUUAUUAUUAUCAUUAUUUUCUCAAAGAUACAGGACAGCUCAUAACAUGACAAUAUUUAAUGCUGAAGAAACAUGUUAGAACUACAAGUUUACGGUGGAAUACUUUGUGCGUGAUUUAUCUGUUUUGUUUGUCUCUUGGCUGUUGGAAGGCAUGUGCACUGUGGAUGCCAGAAACUCCCCUGGUCCCAAGUCCAUCCCAAACUACCUGCUUUGGGUUUUUUGUAUUUUUUUCUCCCAAUAUAUCAUUUGUCAGUUGGCAGGGGAAGUUUUAACUUGAUUUAGCCUCUUGUGUCUAAUUCAUCCUCUUAGGGAAUGUGAAAGGUGAGUGACUUUGCUGUUUUUUUCUUUCUCUUCUCAUUUCUACUUACUCAACAAACAGAAUACUCCUGGUUCUGUAGCAUGUUUUAACACUCCAGUUGUGAGUUGGUUUUGAUCAUGUAGCAACUGCACCAGUGACAGGUUCUGAGGCCCAAAACGCUGAUAUGCAAAUAGAACUGCCAGUCUGCGCUAGAAGAUCAGAUUAUUUUUUUGAAUUGCUUUAUUCUUAAUGAGUAAAAAAAAAAAAAAAAAAACGUUUAAUAACUUACAUAGAUGUGACUUUGAUGUACUCUUUUUUUUGGCAGAUGUUUGUAAUACGAUUUAAAGUAUUGUAAUUUAAGCUCUUAUCAAUUUUUUUUCUCUCUGCUGCUCUGAAAUAAAGAUGUGUAGAGAAUCUGGCAGAAGCUUGGGUAUUUUAAGCUAUUAUAUAGACUUUCAGUCUUCCGGUUAUACGAAAGCCAAUGACAUUUUUAUACCGUUGAUGGUUCAUUGAUGUGUUAUGAGCCUAUUGGUGUACUUAAUCUAACUGGUGCCGCACAACGUUUGAAUGAAAUACCUUCAUAGAAAUAACCUCUCCAAUGAUUAGCAAUACAUAACUGUUUAGUCCAAGGUAUUGCCUCCUAGCAGGGCUCGUUAAAUAAUGUUUUAAAUUGUACAAUAAUGCGACAAUGGGAGCAGCAAUAGGAUCAAUCGGUUGCGUUUAGCGAGGCAUCAUUCGCUUUUCAUGAUUGGGAUUUUCUGAUGCUGAUUAGGUAAUUGCCCAUUUGGUUUGGAGUCCACAUGGGAGCAGCACACAUUUUAACAUUGCAGGGUACUUCAGUUAUCUGGCACUAAAACAGGCCCUUUGAAUGUCAUGCAAAAUCCUUACUCAUGCCUGGUAUCAUAAUUAUCAUUUUCUGUUACGUUUGUCUAUUGCUUAAUCAGGAUCACAACCCUAAUUCAAUGUGUCAACUUUUUUGGCAUAACCACUUCCGGAACGUAUUGGGACAUGAACGUGUAUAUUUAAUACACAGAGAUACUAAUUGUGACGAUCAUCCUUUUCAGCAGAUUCCAUAGCGCUGAGCGAUUUAGUGCUUUUCGAGGGUCGGUUCGAUUAAUAGAAAACAAUCACGGAUUUCGGUUUUGAUUAUUUGGGUUGAAUGCUGUAACACAGAAUAAAACAAUUAAGUCCCAUGAUGGUAGUGACUGCUCAUUACUGCUUACUGCUCAUUUAUAAACUGGUUAUUUCGAGCUGGUGAUUGGCUGACAGCUGUGGUAUAUCAGACAGUAUACCACGGGUAUGACAAAACAUUUAUUUGUACUGCUCUAAUUACGAUGGUAACCAGUUUAUAAUAACAAUAGGGCACCUCGGGCGUUUGUGGUAUAUGGUCAAUAUACCACGGCUAAGGGCUGUAUCCAGGCACUCCAGGAGGCGUCUGCUUAAGAACAGCCAUUGGCCAUAUACCACACCCCCUCAUGCCUUAUUGCUUAAUUAACAUUAUAUUACUUUCCUUUAAUUAAAUAUCUCAGUUGUGUGUGUGUGUGUGUGUAUAUAUUACAUUGGUUUUAUUUGUUGACUUAAUUUCAUUCCAAGUCAUUUCAGCUCUGCUGCAUAUGCUGUCUAAAAAUCACUAAUUUGUAGUUAUUCCAAGUAAAUAAGGCAUACAUUGAUCGCUGAAUACCAACUAUCAAUCACUUGGAUCAUGUAUUUUCAGGUAGAAAUACUGCUCGAAGCAACAGCUGCGCUAUAUCCCUCGCGAUCGCGCAUUCUAAAAGAAACUGACUGGAUACGUUUAUGCGCAAUGGAUCAUUGUAGUUUAUUAUUUAUAGAGAAACUGCAAUGUGCACGAAAAAAAUGAACCAAAUGUAAUUCAAAUAAUUGAACCGAUGUCGGGCAAUUAGUUGUUUAAAAUGGAAAAAUAACUGCAAUUUCGGUUAAUAUCGCCACACUAAGAUUUCAUCUAGAGUCUAGCAUCUAGAGUAGUCAUCUUGGAGCGCUUUCAUUGUCUUUGUAAACGCCCAUUUUAUAUGCAAGUGGGACAACCCCUCAAUGGCCUCUUCAUCUAACCCUUUGCCAAUCUUAACCUCUAACUUCGAUCAACUUUCUGUUUGCCUUUUGAUUCCCAUUUUUUUGUUUUUGUUGUUUAUUUUGAUAUUUUCAAUGAUUAGAAUAGAGUGGUUAUUGGAAGGAUGUUACUCACAGCACACACUGUAAGCAGGCCAUAUGUUUUGGGGGUGCAAAAGAUCAGUGGUGCUCAUCAGAUCUCCACUGUGACAUUCUCACCAAUCUGUGCUGACAUUCUUGUACACUGUGGGCCUUGUGCCACCUUUUUUGUUCUCUUUUUUUGCUUUCUCUCUCCUGCUCUUCAGCUGGAAAUUCAUUAUUUUUUCUUAAUUUGCUUGUUAAAUCCUAUUUGCUGAAUCAAGUUUCUUACAAACAAUAAAACAGUAUUUCCAUGUAAA